AUGUUGCUGCGAGAUGUUGUCACAAAAGAUGCUAGUACUGGUGCUAAAACUGUUGAAAAGAAAACUAGGUACAAGAGGGCUGCCAAGGGUGAACUCUCUCCUCCGAAGCUGAAGAAGAUUAAGGUCUCUCAAGAUGUUGUGCGUAAGUACGACAAAUAUGUUUCACAUGGACGGAAAUUCAAGAGGAAGAAGAAGAAUGAAGUGGCCAAAGAGUUUCUGAAGAUUGGUCGAUUCUUUUGCUCGUACAAGUCCUUCAUUGGAGCUCUUCGUCCACGCCAAUAUUUGAGCAAUGUAGUGAUGGCAGUUUGGACAGAGAAGUUCAAUCAUGCAGCAAAAGCAAGUGCUGAGAAGAAUCCCCGAAAUCACAAGAGAUAUGCUUUCUCUCCGUACUUUGCGGAAAAGCUUGCUGUAGAAACCUCUACUUUUGACCCUGCCUCUGUCAUGAAAGAGUUCAAAAUUGCAUGUAGCAAAUUCAAAAUUCUGAAAGAUGACAUGCUUUACCUGCCCAUUGUACAAGCCGAUCACUGGAUUGUAUGCUGCAUCAACUUGCUGUGCAAGCAAUUUCACAUUUUUGAUUCAAUGAUGCCAGAGAAUGGUGUGAGCAGCUUAGCAAAAGCAGCAAACAACUUGUUCUCCAACUUCGUCCGGACUGCAAACGAGUCCAAAGUUUCAUGGGUUGACUUUGGGAAAUUCAAGGAAACCACACCUGACCAUCCACAGCAAGACACUUUGUAUGACUGUGGAUUCUACAGCAUUCUUUACAUGGAGCACUUCAAUGGGAAAGUCAUGCCAAAUUUCGAGAAUGAUGUAGUUCCAGAUUUUCGAAGGUUGCUCGCAGCAAGCCUAAUCGACAACAGGGAUAACCAGAGUGAUGAUGUCGACGUGAUAAUGAACGAGGAUUUGCAGCAGGGAUAGUUUAGCUUUUUGUUCAAAACACAUGGUGUUGCUGC